UUUAAUUAAUUUCUUGAAAAAAGAUUAAUUCUUUUGCAUUGUUGUAAUUGAUUUAGAUGAUGCAACGAAAUAAUAACAGCAGUUCUAACAGUGAUACCAGCGGUAUCACUGUUAUGCAUCUGGGGGCAUGUGCUUCGUGCAAGCAUCAAAGGAAGAAGUGCACUGAGGAUUGCAUGCUAGCACCAUAUUUUCCGGCGGAUAGAAGUCGAGAAUUCCAAGCUGUUCAUAAGGUGUUUGGAGUGAGCAACGUAAUGAAAUUAGUGAGGGGUGUCAAGGAAGAAGAUAGAAAAACUGUGGCGGAUUCAUUGGUUUGGGAAGCUUUUUGCAGGCAGAAUGAUCCAAUCUUAGGUCCAUUAGGAGAAUAUAGAAAAAUCCAGGAGGAACUCAAGUUGUACAAGAAUCAAAACCAAUUGGUGCAGCAGCAGCAGCAGCGGCUACCAGGAGCAGGAGGAGGCAUGAUGUGCAAGGCAACUCCAGGGAUGGCAGCUUGGAAUAAUGGAAUCAAUAACAGUAAUAAUACUAAUAUGGUGAAUUUUAGCCAUGACAAUGGGUCUAUUAUAUAUAGUAGUUAUCCUUUUAAGUAUGUUCAAGGUCCUGAGAAAGUUAAAAAGCAAGAAAAAGAUGUGGGUUCUCGUCUUCUUCCAUUGCCGGCGCCAUCGCCUCCGCAGCAGCAACGCCACCACUCUAUUACUUCUGGAUUUACUCAUCAUCAGCAGUAUCAUCUUCCAGGUAAUUGUAUUUUUAAACCCAGUCUUAGCCCAAACAAUCCACUAUUUGUCGAACAGGCCUUAAUGCGGGUGAAAUUAUAUAUUCUUUUUUUAUUAUUUUAACAAAAUAACAAUAGAAAUUCUGAAGACAA